UGAGUAACACUUGUGAUGACAGGUGUUUCUGUGUGCAACUGUCACGACGCACACAGGAGAGAUGGGAGAGUUAGUAACUGCGGCUGACGAGUACGCUAAGGACCCCAAGUUGCGGCCCGCAGACAUCGCCCAGCUGAGAGAGUGGCUAACCAAACAACCCCAUCUGCCUCAGUGUAUAACAGAUGAGUUCCUGAUAACAAUCCUGCACAGUAGCGAGUACAGUGUGGAGCAGAGCAAACACCUACUGGACACCAACAUUACUUGCCGCACCAACUUCACAGAAUUCUUCUCCAACAGAGACCCACUAGCCGCUGACAAGCAAGCUGUCUGGGAUUAUGUGAAUUUCUGGGUGAGCUCACGAGUGACUGCUGACAAGUACCGUAUCUUCUACGGUGGCCUGAGACACUCCGACUCGGAGCCAUUCGACUUUGCCAACCUGGUCAACAUGUUGCUUAGCUCGGUGGACACCAUAUUAUGGGAGCAGGGCGUUUGUCCCGGUUACGCCAUUCUGCUCAACUGUCACGGCUUCACGCUCGGACACCUGACCAAGUGCAACAUCUCCCUCAUACGCAACAUUAUCCACUACGUACAGGAUGCGAUUUGUUUCAAAAUCAAAGCGAUCCAUGUGAUCAACUGUUCAUCCAUCAUAGACAAAAUCCAACAGAUGCGAUUUGUUUCAAAAUCAAAAGCGAUCCAUGUGAUCAACUGUUCAUCCAUCAUUGACAAAAUCAUGUUCAUCAUUAAACCAUUCCUCAAGAAAGAGUUACUGGACAUGAAGCCGAAAAUGCAGCGUUCGUUAGAGCAGAGGUACGCGAUCACAUUCAGUGUGAAACUCGGUAAAUCUGCGACAGAGACAUUUGAUAUAACCAAGCAGGCUUACCUAGAUGGUGCUUUAGCAAGAAGUGGUGUGUUUCGAUGGCACCAGGUCUUUUUGGAGGGCCAGGAAGAGGUUGCUGAUGAAGACCUUGCUGGAAGACCUUCGUCUUCGACAAACACCGACAAUUUGUUUUUCCACUAUGGUGAGAUGAAGGACUUCUACCGAGCUAUGCCCAGAGACCUGCUACCAGACGAGAUCGGAGGCACUUCUGGGGACCACAUAGACCUCCUAGCGAAACAAUUGCGGGCUCGCGUGGAACGUAGACAGCACACACUGAUCGACUCACAGAAACUGAAAACCGACGAGAAAAAGCGUCUCGGAGGCAAAAAAGACAUUUACAGCAUCGCUGGACACUUCCGUAAAUUAGAGCCUCAUCACAGUCCACAGCUGUCCUCAUCAGAUUGUUCACAGUCCUCAUCAAACAGCUCACAGGCCUCAUCAGACAGUUCACAGUUCUCAUCAGACAGUUCUCUGGCCUCAUCAGACAGUUCUCAGGCUUCAUCAGAUAGUUCUCAGGUUUCAUCAGACAGUUCACAGGCUUCAUCAGACAGUUCUCAGGCUUUAUCAGAUAGUUCUCAGGAUUCAUCAGACAGUUCACACUCCUCAUCAGACAGUUCUCAGGCUUCAUCAGAUAGUUCUCAGGUUUCAUCAGAUAGUUCUCAGGCCUCAUCAGACAGUUCACAGUCCCCAUCAGACAGUUCUCAGGCUUCAUCAGACAGUUCUCAGGCUUCAUCAGAUAGUUCUCAGGAUUCAUCAGACAGUUCACACUCCUCAUCAGACAGUUCUCAGGCUUCAUCAGAUAGUUCUCAGGCUUCAUCAGAUAGUUCUCAGAUAAGUUCUCAGGCCUCAUCAGACAGUUCACAGUCCUCAUCAGACAGUUCUCAGGCCUCAUCAGAUAGUUCUCAGGCCUCACCAGACAGCUCUCAGGCCUCACCAGACAGUUCACACUCCUCAUCAGAUAGUUCUCAGGCUUCAUCAGAUAGUUCUCAGACCUCAUCAGACAGCUCACAGUCCUCAUCAGACAGUUCUCAGGCCUCAUCAGAUAGUUCUCAGGCUUUAUCAGAUAAAUCUCAGGCUUCAUCAGACAGUUCUCAGGCCUCAUCAGCCAGUUCACAAUCCUCAUCAGACAGUUCUCAUGCCUCAUCAGAUAGUUCACAGUCCUCGUCAGACAGCUCACAGUCCUCAUCAUACAACAGUUCACACUCCUCAUCAGAUAGUUCACAGUCCCCAUCAGACAGUUCACAGUCCUCAUCAGAUAGUUCUCAGGCCUCAUCAGACAGUGCUCAGGAUUCAUCAGACAGUUCACACUCCUCAUCAGAAAGUUCUCAGGCCUCACCAGACAGCUCUCAGGCCUCACCAGACAGUUCACACUCCUCAUCAGAUAGUUCUCAGGCUUCAUCAGAUAGUUCUCAGACCUCAUCAGACAGCUCACAGCUGACUACGGCUAGGACGACGACCACCUCCACUGACAUGGAAGCUAUGUGGAAGAUCACUCUCGAGGAGGAACACAAGAAGAAUCCAGAACUGAGAGGGGAAGACAUAGACGAAGUACAGUCAUGGAUGAAGAAACAAGCUCACCUGCCUUCCAUUACAAACUUGGAUGUGGUCAUGUUCCUGCAAGCCUGCCAGUGGGACCUGACUCAGACCAAAGAGACCAUCGAAUCCUACUACACCUACAGGACCUCUCUCGUCGACUUCUUCUCCUCCAGGGACCCCAUAUCCAAGGAAAUACAGGAAAUCGCUAAAGUCAUAAAUGUCACAAUCCUGCCAAAAAGUGAUCCUGAAGGCAACAGAAUCCUGUGGGGUAGUCUGGUCGAUCCGGAUCCGAACCACUACAACUUCGCGACAGCGGUCAAGUACUUCACAAUGACCAGUGAAGUCUUCCAGCUGGAGCACGGGACAGUCCCGGGGUUCAUCGUCGUCUACGACGUCAAGAACCUUUCUUUCUCCCACCUCCUUAAGACUCCACUCACCCAGGUGUCCAAGUACACGCAUUACGCUCAGGAAGCGGCCUCCUUUCCAGUGAAGGGAAUUCACUACCUCAACACGAACGCAGUGUUGGACAAGCUGGUCGCGUUCACCAAACCUUUCCUGCGCUCAAACAUCCUGGAUGUGUUACAACUACACUCGAACUUGGAAACGUUUUUCAAGUCGGUACCGAGAGAGAUAGUACCCAAGGACUACGGUGGGGACGAACCAACUUUGAAGGAAAUGAACGACGUGAACUUGCGCAAGAUAGAAGACUACAGGGAGUUCUUCCAGGAGGAACAGAAGAUCCGCGUGGACGAAAGUAAACGAGUUGGCAAGAAAGGGAAGUCUUCUGCUUCGACCGUUAACGGACUCGAUUCUGCCAAGGGAUCGUUUAAGAAACUAUCCAUCGACUAGGCUAACUGACUUAUGGUGCUAACAGAGUGAUUAAAUUUUACGUUAAGUUACCAACA